AUGCCCUCAAGCGGAGCAGGUGGUGGUGCGCGACUGGUGGACCUUAUCCAUCGCUUGCAAUUCUUAGCAAUCACAUCUUCAUCCGAACAUAUUCGUGCAGAAGCAAGAUGCUGUCUUGUCCUAUUCUUGCUAAACUAUCCACACAAAGCCAAAUUCGUUCAGAGCUUUGUCGCGUUCUGUUUGCGCCAAUUGGAAUACAAAAAAGCAUUCGGCCGUUCGUCUGCACUAAGUUUGCUAACCGGUCUCACGGCUGACCUACCAAUUUCACGGUUAACUGCUAACAAUCUGGAGGAAACGAUCCUGGUCAGCGUGGGUGCUGCAAUCGAAAGGGAAUCGGUUCGCGCGCUUCGUGUAAGCAUGCUGGCUCUAAUUCGCCUACUAUUUACUCGUCUUCCGCCAGCACUCGCCGAGGCACACUUUCGUGACUAUUUACUCGCUUUCGUUACUGCACCUGCUGCAACUCGAACCUCCGCGAGGUUGCUGGGUUUACAACUCGUCUCGGCCGUCCUUGACUGUCAGCCGUGUCUUGCCUUGUCGAAACUACGACCUACAUUGUUAAAGUUGAUGGGCACGAAUGUAUUGCCAACGGCUGCACAACAGUUGCAUCAGGUCAUACUGACUAAUCCUACCGUUCGUCAACUGAGUGGCUUAGCACCGUUGUUUUCCGAUCCAAAAUUGUGUCCAAUGGAAGAGAUUGCACGCGCUCAAGCGGUCAUGGAGGAUGCUGAGUGGGUUGCUGAACUGCAUCCAGAUUCCGAGAUCCGCGAUAGUGUUUCGGAAGGUGAUGCUGUCAGUGAAGAUGACGAUAUUGAUAGUAUCAAAUCACAAACUGACAAUGAACAAGGAGAUUUCGUGAAAGAAGAUACCGAUGAAGUUGAUGAUGCGGACGAUUCCGAUGCGGAACCAGAUCGCGAAAAAAUGCACUUUGAAGAGGCUGAAGAACAGGCUCGGGGUCAGUGUGAAUCGUACGUUCCCGCUAGUGAAACAGAACAAACUUGUUCACGAUCGGCGCUCGAGAAGCAUUACUUGAUUGUUGCUCAUACAACGGAAUACGCCCUCCGUCUUUUACAACGCCUGAUGGAAGGUGGAACCGAAGAUGACACUAAAUCAUUGCCAACCAAUGGUGAUUCGCGAGACACGUACGUAGUGUCUGACUUGAUGACAUCUGCAUGGAGCGUCCUCACCGGAAUCACUGAGCUACCUUCAAAUUUGAACUCCAAAGAAGGAGAGAUAACCCAGAAACGCUCGUCAAAACGCCAACGAUAUGCGCGUCUGUUGUGCACAGUAGAUUCAAAACCGGAUCAGUCUGACCGUAUGAGUCUCUGUUGUGCGGGAUAUCGUGGAGCCAGGGAGUGGGCAACGCGUUGUUUGGCACCGUUGCUCCGAGUGGAAUCAGCCGCGAACGCAGCUCUACUUUCCGGUGAGAAUGUUGAACACUCAGAGUCUGUUCCUGGAGCUGGUUUGACAAAAUCCGCAUUCUUCAAUCAGCUGCGAAAAAAACGAAAGACACGCAUCGCGAUGCUGGAACUUCUUACUCGGGAUACCAUAUUCCAACUUGAUCACGACGCAAAACAACCUUUGAAUGAGCAGUGGUCCGAUAGUCUGGUGGCCAACCUCGUGCAUUUGGGACAGUUGCUGCAUUUAUCCGCCGGUCGUCGGCCAGUGUUACGCCUAUUUCGCAGUAUCAAUCGAAUCGCGUUGGACGAGUUGAAUAAUCGUCCGAAAUGCUAUUUUCAACGCACACUUGUAUUGAAAAUUACAACAGGACUUCUUCUACGAUUGCCCCGACCGAAGACAACCACAUUGUUGGAGUUGCUCACCGCGGACCAUUCUACACUUCAAUUGGAGCCGACUGAAUCCGGAGCGGAGAAACCUCGAUGCAUAGCCUAUUUAUCUUAUCUGCGGGCAGCAUCACGUGUUAUAGCGCGCGAGUUCCGCCAACGCGAACGACUUGCAUUUAUGGCCGCCGCGACAAUCACCGGCACGGUGGACGAUGGCGACAAUGAUCAACCAGCACUUGCCCGAGCUCGUCUUGGUGGUGUGAAACUGAGCAAAGAACAGUCAGUGCGGGCUCGAGCUAGACGUCGAAAAGCACAGGCACGUCUUCGUCGAGCACUCAUGUCCGGAACAAUGCGGCCUGAGAUGGCACAAGAUCUUGUUGCAUUGACCGCGGCCAGUCGAGCGCAGGCCGGACCAGAUCAGUUGGUGAAUGUGAUCGAGGCCGCCGAAUCCACACUGGAACAAGAGUUCGGCGAGAACGGAGCAACUGUGAUCAAAUUAGUUUGCAGUCAGGCUACUCGAACGGCGAAAGCCCGUCAACAGGCACGCACAGUGACUAAAGCCACUAAGGAAGCACUUGGUGCUGCUUGGUCAGGUAAAGCGAAGAAACGAAUCGCGGAGAACAAUUCUGUUCCGAAAACGAAACGGGCUCGAAUCGAAAAGAAGCAUACUGAUGCCGCUUGUCACAACUGUUCAUAUGCACCACUUUUCAUCAGUCUAACCGUAUCUGGAGGACACGUGUCUAAGCUGGUUGGUAAAAUUCCCGAUCUUCGAUUUUUGGUUCACGCAUAA